GAAAAGGAGAGCCAUGGACCGGCCAAUGAGAAAGUCGUUCACUUAUUUACCGUGGCACCAAGCAAACUGAUCGUGAAACGUGCUCUGAAUUGUUCAUACUAGUUCAUACCGAACUCCUUUUUUCCUUCCUCUUCUUGUCCUUCUUCUUCAUUUUCUUCUUCCUAUUCCUCUUCCUUUUCCUUUUCCUCUUCCCCAUCCUUUUCUUUAUACUACUCCAUUCUCCUUUGGUGUUUUGAGCAAUUUCCAAAGUCUCUAAACCUUCUUCGAAAUUCUUCGAAAUGUUCAUAUGAUUCAUUCGAUAACUCUAGUUACUACUUUUAUUCGUAGUUCGAAAAAAUCAUCGUAUCAGAAUUUUCAAAGAGCAGAAAAUGAACAUCAUUCUGAUACUCUCAAUAAUUCUCAUCAUAUCUCGCGAGUGUGGUUUCCUAGUCGAUGGAUUUCGCAUUCUAGGCAUCUGUCCGAGUACGAGUUAUAGUCAUCAACAACCAUUCCAAGCACUGAUGAAGGCAUUGGCAACUCGUGGUCACAACGUUACCGUCAUUUCAACGAUACCAUUAAAGAAGAGUCUUCAAAAUUACGAGGACGUUGAUCUCUCGUUCACAUAUCGCAAAAGUGAUUGCACUGGACUUAGACAUAUGAACGCUUACGAGAUUCUAAGGAAAAAUAUGAAGGAAGCUAACGAUCUAUGCGUCAAGCAACUUUUCAGCGAACAAAUCAUGGAAUUAUUAACAAAAAACAAAACUUUCGAUGCAAUCAUAAUUGAACAAUUAUGGUAUCAUUGUUAUUAUUCUCUGGUUAAACAUUAUAACUAUCCAGUAUUAAUUGGAUUUUUAAGCGUUGGAAAUCUUCCAUACGUCAUGGAUUCGAUUGGAAAUCCGGACGAUCCAAUGUUAAAUCCCGAUAUGGCUUACCCCUUCACGAAUCGAAUGAGCAUGGACGAGAGAAUUUGGAACAUAUUAUACACGAGCUGGACCAGGUUCUAUUAUAGAUACUGGCAUUUGCCAAGAGCACAACGAAUAGCCAACAAGUUCGUACCGGAUACGCCGCUUUACGACAUAGAUAGAAACUUCAGUUUGAUUAUAUUAGGCAAUAAUCACGUCCUUGGUUAUCCAAAACCUUUAUUACCAAAUGUGAUCGAAGUCCAUAGCCUCCAAAUCAAGGAACAAACUGAAUCCUUACCUAAGGAUAUUCGUGAAUUCCUGGAUGAUGCCAUAAACGGAGCCAUUUAUUUUUCUCUCGGUUCGAAUCUGCAAACUCACCAGCUACCCAAUGACCCUUUGACGGCAUUGUGCAACGCCUUGGGCUCGCUCAAGCAAAGAGUUCUAUGGAAACAUGCCGGAGACAUGGCUAUUCAGUCGAGCAACAUCAAAUUUGUGAAGUGGGUUCCACAGCAAGCGGUUCUUGGAACCCUGAUAUCAGCUCCAACCAACUUUCAUCCUCUCGGUAAUACCUCCUGGUCGUUUAAACAUUCGGUAAAUUUUCGAAAGCAAACCAUCGAUAAAGCGUUACUUUCAUAUGCAGCACAUCCAAAAGUGAUGGCUUACAUGAUGCAAGGUGGUCUACAGUCAUUGCAAGAAGCUGUAUACCAUUCCGUACCUCUGAUAGUCAUGCCUUUCUUUGGAGAUCAACAUUUCAACGCAAAAAAAAUUCUCGACGCUGGAAUUGGACUCACGUUGAACGUUGACACAAUGACGGAAGAAUUAAUCGUACGAACUAUCACAGAAGUCGUGGAGAAUAAAACAUAUAUGCACAAUAUCAAACUGAUAUCGGCCAUUUUAAAGGAUGAACUAGUACGUCCAAUGGAGAGAGCAAUUUGGAACAUUGAACACGUUCUAAAGUUUCCUAAUUCUAAACACUUGCGCUAUCACGGUCGGGAUAUAUCAUGGAUCGAUUAUUAUUUGACAAUACUGGUGAUUUUUUUGAUUUUCACGAUUUUAAUAUUCAUCGGUUGUGCAUGCUUUAUUGUUCUAGGAAAAGCUGCAAAAAAUUAUUUGUAUCUCCAUGUGAAACGAUAUAAAUACAAAAAUGAAUAAAUGAUAAUUUAAAAAAUUUGUUUUUGUAAUCAAAUUUAAAAUAAUAAAGAAUAAUCGAUCGAUAUUAAUUUUAUUUUUUUCUUUCUCUUUUAAUUCAAGACUAAGCGAACUAUAUAAAUUACAUGUUAGAUUCUAUCAUACGUUCUUAAGAUAAAUUUGAUGCAACAGUAACCUAAUUUAUAAAUAGAAGCGUCAAUCACGUUGCCGCAUUUAUUAUAAGAACUUUAUGAAACUAUCAGCAUAUAUUUAUAUAUAUGUAUAUACAUAAACAUCGUAGUCACUGC